GGCCCACUUGAUUUAGAUGUAAAUGGCGGCAAUUAUUAUUUCGUUGCGGUGAUUUAUUUCGCUCUGCAACUACUGCCUCUUUUUCGGCGCUGUUUAGACAAAUGCGAGUUGUAAACAAAUCCGCUUCAGAGGUAAACUUGCCAACUUGCUUAGAAUUAAUAAUAAAAUAUUGCAAAAGAGACCAUAUUCUUUCCAACAAGUUAUUCAUAUUCUGAAUCGUCACUUUUAAAAGAUCUGCAAAACUCAACAAAAUCAAAAAUGGCUUCAUCGGAAAAAGGAGGCAUCGUUGAGGAUGAAGAAAUUGGCUUUAGUUUCCUUGGCUUUUUAUCAGAGGUUGACUGGUCAGAACCAUGGAUUAUGGGCCUUUUAAGUUGGCACAUACUGAUGUUCCUGGUGGCUUUGAUUGCAAGGAGGAAGCUGCAUGUGCAAUGUGGUCUCUUCCUCACCUUGUUAUCUUUGGUAUAUUUCUCAGAAGACAUCAACACCCUGGCAGCAACACAUUGGAGGGCCUUCUCCAAGCAGCAGUACUUUGACAGCGAGGGGAUGUUUAUAUCCAUCAUGUUCUCCAUGCCCAUUCUACUUAACUGUCUGCUCAUUGUGUGCAACUGGCUGUGGUGCACCAAUGGUGCCCUCAGUCAGGUGAUGGAGCAGAAGGCACGCGCACAGAUGAAGGCAGCUGAGAAGAAGGCAGAGUGAUGCUGAUGUGCUAACAGGGUCAACAGACUCGGAACUGUGACGGUCAAGACCCGUCACGUGCAGUGGUCGCCCCUUAGUGGCGUGUGUGUACAAGUGUGGGGAAGGGGGAGGGUUCAAGAAGUGAUCUGAUAUGUCGCCUGGACGCAUUUGACAUUGCCUUCGUUAUUGUGCUCGAGCUGCGCGGUGUGUUACGGGCUGGUGCUCGAGUGGACAGUUGAAGCUGCUGCCGGGACGCCCAGCUGCAGUGGCUGCUGAUUUCGAAUAGACAGCAGAAACGGAGAAUCACUGCGCAUGCCACACGCUGGGUGUAAGCCCGCCAACGCCGUGCCAUGCCUGAUAGUCUGCCUCCAGGGAAUGUUUAGGUAACCCCGGACUGUGUUUGCACUUAACGAGACUCUGGCGUUGCCGUUGGGACUCUGUGGCACCAGUCGGGCCAGAGAACCACCUCUGACUGGGCCACAGCCGAUCCCAGAUCGGCGCCAGCCGUAAACUGGCAUAUCGUCCGGAGUUUUAAUGUACAAUUCAUUGACGCCAGCAGCUUCGAAGUGUUACCUCAUCGACGGAAUUUUCGUUUGUUUGAUUUUUUCAGGUGUACGAUUCAACUUAAGUUCUUGGUGUUUUCCGUAUGACAUGCAUGUUUACAUUUUGGCUCGUGAUUUUUGCUGUUUUCUUACAUUUUAUGGCUGUGUGGGGGUUCGCUAUGUACUUAAACGGAUGGAGAGGCUUUAUUAAUACAGGGAUAUAAUUUA